CUCAAAUGCUUCUCCUGCACAGAACCUCCUUCCUCCUCUGCCUCAGCCUUCCCAAACCUCAGCUGAUCUUCACGGGCGCUCCCAGGGCUUCCGCAAGCGUUCGCUGCCCGGAUGACGCGAAGGUUCUCCCCGUCGGCCGGUGCCGGUACGCACGGCUCUGCUCGGUCAACGGCGAUGGCGGCAAUGCUUACAGUCUGUCAGAUGCAGAAAGUAUCUGUACCAGUGAAGAAGGCAUUGAUCACGGUGGAAGGCAAGAGGGAGGACCACUGGCAUCGAAUGAGACACUGAAGAAAUUAAAGAGAUAUGGAAUAGCUGGAAUAUUGUCCUAUGGGUUGUUGAACACUGCUUACUACCUUACAACAUUUCUUCUGGUCUGGUUUUACUUUGCACCGGCACCAGGAAAAAUGGGCUACCUUGCCGCGGUUGAAAGGUUCAUCAAGGUAAUGGCCAUGGUUUGGGCUGGAAGCCAAGUCACAAAGCUUAUAAGAGCUGGAGGGGCCCUCGCCCUUGCGCCUUUUGUAGACAGAGGAUUGUCCUGGUUUACAACACGAUACAAAUUUGAAUCUCAGGAGAAGGCAUUCUUGGCAAUCGUGGGUUUUUGCUUUGGCCUGGCCAUCUUACUGUUUUUGGCUGUGACACUGAUCUCGGCGUGAUAAUGCAUUCUAUUUGUUGGGACACAUGGUAGGUCUGUGGUCAGAGUUUUUUGUUAUGGGGGAUAUGCGUUGACAAUCUCAUGUUUGGACGGCAACUUUAUCCCAUGAUGGUCCAUAGUUUCAAAUGCAGCUUUAAGAUAGCCCUUCAGAGAUGCAAUUCAUUGAUUUCGAUUGGUUGUAGCCGGACCAACACAUGGGUCCUUUUGAAAUUGAGAAGCAUAUUUGGCUUCUUUUGCAAA